AGCCCACUAUUUUUUGUUGAACGCUGCGAUGUGUUCAGGGUUCGGCAUCGUUAGGGCUCGAAGCGUCCGAUGGCCGACGUGAGAUCAGAGACGGAGAGCAACAGCCCCUUGGACGUUGCCCCGCGCACGGCCGCCGCCUAUCUCGAUCCCCACUACUGGGAUGAGAGGUUCGCCGCCGAAGAGCACUACGAGUGGUUCAAAGAUUACUCCCACUUCCAACACCUCCUCCGCCCCUUCCUCAGCCCAUCCCACUCGGUACUGGAGAUUGGGUGCGGGAACUCGCGGCUCUGCGAGGAGCUGCGCAGGGAUGGCGUUGCCGACAUCACCUGCGUCGACAUCUCCCCCGUCGCUGUCGAAAGGAUGCAGAACCGGUUGCGGGACAUGGGGCUUGAAGGCAUCAAGGUGGUUCAGGCCGACAUGCUAGACAUGCCUUUUGGUGGGGAAUCCUUUGAUGUCGUGAUCGAGAAAGGCACCAUGGAUGUCUUGUUUGUGGACAGUGGUGAUCCAUGGAAACCCCGGCCUGCAACGGUAGAUAAGGUGAUGAAAAUGCUUCAAGGUGUUCACAAGGUUCUGAAACCAGAAGGCACUUUUAUUUCAAUCUCAUUUGGACAGCCACACUUCAGACGGCCACUAUUUGAAGGCCAAGGUUUUACCUGGUCUGUUGAUUGGAAAACCUUUGGGGAAGGAUUCCAUUAUUUUUUCUAUACUCUUAAGAAGGGAAGGAGGAUGUCAGACAACAAGGAGUGUGGAAGUGAGAGACCAAGUAUGCCAUCUAUUAGUUUGUUACACGAAGAGCUGGAAGAUGAGAAUUAUAUAUUUCGAACCACAAUAUGCGAGGAGCUAGAAACAUAGGCUACUUUUUUUUUUUUUAUUGUGGGAAAAACUUAUCUUAGUUCAAAAGGUGAAUUUUGAUGGCUUCUUUGUUCACAAAUUGAAAGAUAGUUUAAGUGGCUAUCGAAAUGUGAAUUAGCAGAACUGAAAUUUAGUCUGCAGACUGUAUGAAUGGGGAAGAUACUAAUCCAAAUAUCACCCAAAGCAUUCGAGGA